UGGGGUGGAGCAGGGGGACCUGGGAGCCAGGACUACUGGGUUCUAUCCCCAGCUCUUUCACUGGCUAACCCCCUACUUUUCUAGAUAGUCGGGAUCCCCAGUGCUGCACCCUCCCCGGAGCCAGGAUGACAGGAGCCGUCUGUCCAGCUCGCUUGGCUUGGGUCUGUCUGGCUGUCUUUUCCUCCUGAGACACCCUGCCUAGCCCCACAACCUUGUCCAGCCCCCCACUUCCCCCCCAGCUGGCCCAUCUGGCUGAGAUCGCAUCCCCCAGUGGGGCCCCGGGCUCCCAGUCACGCUCUGUGAAUUUCUUGGCAGCGGGCGAUUUCCACUGUAAACAGAUCGGGGGCCGGGGCCGGGGUGACAUUGUCCAGGAGGCCUGGCCGGCCCUGCCAGGGAUAUGGAGCAGCUGGGAAACUGAUGCAACGUCAGCAUGGCUGGCUGGGGGGCUUUCCCCUCCCGGGGGGCUCCCAGCCAGCCCCAGGGAGGGGACUGGCAGGUUCGGAGACUGGACUCUGGUGACGCAAUGGAGGGACGGGGCCCGUCCGCUGGGGGAGAUUUUUCUGCCCCCCCAGCCGACCCCGCAGGGGGAGCCCCGGACCUGGGCUCUGAUGGGCCGGGGGUGACAGAGCCAGCCCCCACGCUCAACCACCCCUGCCGCUUCUUCUUGGCGGGCAGUUGCCGUUUCGGCGCCCGCUGCCGGAACCCCCACCCCGGCGCCCUGCCCGCCGCCCCCCAGCCGCCCCCCGAGCCCCCCAGCAAGAAGCCCCUUGAGCGCCCCAGCAAGAAGCCCCCCAUGAAGACAGCAGGGGACGUCGUCUCCCGCAUCCUCUGGGACCGCCAGCUGCCGCCCGGCGAGUUCACCGUGGGCCACCUGGACCGCUUCUCCGGCGUGCGGGAAGAUGCCUUCACGGCCUUCUGCUGGGAGGACCUGGCGUCGGUCGGGCCGGAGGUGCUGGCCAUACCCCAACACAGGAUCCAGUACUUCAAAUAUCGCGGCCGCGUGGUGUGGGACAAAGCCAGCCGGCUGGACGACGUCUUCGGCUCCACCGGGGGCGGCCGGACCAUCCUGGAGGUGAUGAAGGAAGAGGCCGGGCGCCAAGAGGCCGUGGGAAUGGGGGACGGCGGAGCCGGGGUGCCGGAGGAGGCUGUAGCUCCGGAGAACGAAGAGGAGGAUGUGGCUGAGCCAGGAGCUCAGAGCUGCCCCCCAGCAGCCCCCCGGCCUCCCCGCCCCACCCAUUUUGUGGCCGUGCGCAUCACCAGCCCGGAACUGCGGGGUUCGGUGGCCCGGCUCCAGGAGGCCCUGAGCCAGGCCGACCCCACCGUGGCCGAGUUCUGCACCCCACUGGCCACCCUCCACCUCACCCUCUGCCUCCUCCGGCUGGACGGCGCUGGCGAGAUGCAGGCGGCCGUCACCGCCCUGCGGGAGCUGCAGGCCGAGCACCGGCGCCUCCUGCCCCCCGCGCUCCUGCGCUUCCGGGGCCUGGGCACCUUCCGGGGCCGGGUGCUGUACGCCGCCCCCGCGCCCGGCCCGGAGCUGGCGGGGCUGGCCCACGCCCUGGAGCAGGGCUUUGCCUGCAAGGGGCUGACGGUCGUCCCGCUCCCGGCCCACGAUUGUUUCCAUCUCACCGUGGCCAAGAUCCCGGCGGGCGGGGAGCCGAGGCUGAACCUGCCCCUGGAGCCCCCCGGGGAGGAGCUGGGGACCCAGGCGGUGGAAUCGCUGUGUCUGUGCCAGGUGGGCGGGGGCAGACGGACCGAUGGGUUUUACAGCACCCUCGUGGAGCUGGAUCUGUACUGAGGGGGCCCCACGCCAGUCCCCAAAUCCCAGCUCAGCAUCUGGGGCUCUAUUGCCCCUUCUCUCAGGUCCCCUAAUCCAGAUUAGAGCGGGGGGGCUGGGAGCUAGGACUCCUGGGUUCUAUCCCCACAGCAGGGAGGGGGAUGGGGCCUGGUAGUUAUGGGGCGGGCAGGGCUGGGAGUCAGGACUCCUGGGUUCUAUCCACAGCUCUGGCAAGGGAGCGGGGUUGAGUGGUUAGAGCAGGGAUGUAGGGAGCCAGGACUCCUGGGUUCUAGCCACAGCUCUGGGAGAGGAGCAAGGUUGAGUGGUUAGAGCAGAGGCAUCUGGGAGCCAGGACUCCUGGGUUCUAGCCCCAAGCUCUGCUCCCCCAUUCACCUUGCCCCCAUGCAUAUAAUCCCCUUCCCUGGCAUCUUCCAGCUUUCCUGAACCCCAAGGCAUUCACCCACCAGCCGCCGCCGGGGAGGGCGUUCCUAGCUGAGAUGCAGGACCCGGCCCUUUGUACAGCCUGCCUGGGUUGGGCUCUGGGACCUCCUCCUGUCUCCGGUCUGUUAGCCCUUUGCCAGUUGCCUCUCCCCACGGCAAAGGGCCCAGGAAUUCAGUGUGCCAGGUUAGCGCCAAGGAAGCUCUGCUCCCACACGUGGAAGGCAAAGAGGCCAGGCUGGGUCUGUUCCCCUCACCCCUCUGGGUUUGCACAGGGCGUUGGGUAGAAUUUGAUGCUCUUGGAUCAUUAUGCCCCACAGUACGGAUGUUUCUUUUAAAUAAUUUUCUCUACAAUCAACGGCAAUUUUCACAGCUCCUUUAUACCCAAGCCGGUAACAACCCGUCCCAAGGAAAUAACCCUUCUGACGCAGCUCUCGCUUUACUUCUCUCCAUUCAAAUUGCUGUAGCCAGAAACGGUCUUUUGUCGGCAGGUGCAGACGGCGAAAUUGGCAUCUACCGCCGGGUCCCAAUAAAAACAUCUAACCCCUUCCAGCCUCUUGCUACGGAUAUGAACAGGCCGAUCUGCAGGCUUUGCUGGUGCUAACGGAGGACUAGAUUAUCUGUUCUCGCUCGAGCAGGAAUUAAUUCACAGCAGGGGUAGGGACUUGUCUUCUACAGUUCAGACUGAGCGAUGACUGAUGAAGUGAGACAUAUAUAGACGCCUAAAGAUGCAGAGAGUCCAGCAGGAUUCACCAAACCAGCUUAGCACAAGGAGGGUGACAUGAAGUGGGAAAGUUCUUAAUGUUUUCUCUGAAUACUGGGUGGGUGCCUCAGUUUCCCCUAUGCAGUUCUUAAGUAUCUAGGUGGUGGGAUAAGGGGGUGUGAUUUUUGCAGAGCCCUAGAGGGCAGGUGUGAUGGUGUCUGCACACAGAAGGGUCGACGCCCUGUCUGCUGGCAUCUGAUGGCCUGGGCCCCUCCCCUGCAAGGUGCCAACUGAAGGUGUUGGAGAACAAAGAUCAGGUGGCUCCUGGCCUGGGAAAGAGACAAAGGCCAGCGCAGGGGCUGGCUGGGGAAACAGACGGAGGCCCAGAUGGGGUCUGGGUUUCCCACCCCCCAAGAUGGACCUGACUGAGGGGUCCUGUUCUCUGUACCUACAAGCUCUGUCUGGGACUGUGUUCCUGUCAUCUAAUAAACCUUCUGUUUUACUGGC